AGUGGGUCGGUGCUGUUGAAGGUUACGGGACAAAGGCACGGCUGUGCGCGGCAGUGGGCGCGGCUAGCAGGGUAGAAGUUCAGUGAUUACGUACCCUGUGGGCUGUAUCUGAGUUAUAUUCGGUUACAGCUCUGAAGAAUGCUUGAUCUGGAAGUCGUCCCAGAAAGUAGUCUGUCCCAUGAACGAUGGGAAUUCGUUCUAGGCAUGCACUUCUCCCAGGCCGUCUGUGUUAUUCAGCAACAGGUCGGAGUGAUACGAGAUGUCCACAUCAAUUACAGUGACACUAGCCCGCUGGAGCACGAUCUGGUGAUAAACAUGACCCAUGAUGGCAUUCGCCUUCUCUUCGACCCUGUUGGCCAGCGCUUGAAGAUAAUCGAGGUCUAUAACCUGAGCAAGCUACGGCUAAAGUACGGAGGCAGCGUGUUCAGCUCCGAAGAGGUGGCGCCAACUAUACAGCAAGUGGACCAGACGUUCGGCGCCACGCACCCGGGCAUUUACGAUAGGGAGCGCCACCUGUUCCUGCUGAACUUCCGCGGACUCACAUUCCAGUUUCCGGUGGAGCCCAAGUUUGAGCCUCGGUUCGCCGGCGGCCUCGGCUCGCUGCAGUUCCCUGGGGGAGGCUCGCCGCUCGUCUCCAGCAUGAGCAUCUACAGCGGCAGCAGCCGCACGGGUACAGAGGCACCUCCUAUGCCCGUGUCGUGCUUCAGCGGACAGGUCUACACAGAGAAGUGUGACGUCAUACGAUCCGAUGACGUCACCAUCGGGGUACGGCUUCGGCUGUUCGCCGCCGGCGACUCGCACCCGGGCCUGGAGGGCGGCCUGGAGACACUGGUGCGCGAGAUCCGCUUCGGUGACUCGUGCCAGGACGUGACCUCGCUGCUCGGCGCGCCUACCAAGGUGUUCUACAAGUCCGAGGACAAGAUGAAGAUCCAUAGCCCGUUCGCGCACAAGCGCGCGGCGUCCCGGCGGUCCGACUUCUUCUUCAACUACUUCACCCUGGGCAUGGACAUUUUGUUCGACGCAAGAACCCAUAGGGCGAAAAAGAUCCUUCUACAUACGAACUUUCCCGGGCAUUACAACUUCAACAUGUAUCACAGGUGUAAUUUCGACCUGGCCGUGGAGCCGCACGCGUCGCUGAUGAACUCGGCCUCCGAGGGCGUGCACAUCCGGGCGCACACCAAGUGGGAUGAGGUGUGCGGCGCGCUGAAGCCCUCCAGCCGGCCGGUGGUGCUCAACCGCGCCUCCACUACCAACACCAGCAACCCUUUCGGCUCCACGCUCUGUUACGGCGUCGAGGACUUCAUCUGCGAGGUGAUGAGCAACGGUCACCUGGCGUCGGUGACCCUGUACCAGCCGGAGGAGGUGUGACCGGGCGCCCACACCCGCUAGCCAACACCAUUGGACCGCGGUGGCCACCGGGGCCGCCACCAACCAGAAAAGUACAAAAAAAGACCGGCUGGUGGCGGCUCUAGUCGGCGGCCCUCGCGCUUGUCUGCGGACGCAUCAAUAUUGGUUAGAGGGUGGCGGCCGGCGGCGGGCGCGGACCGGCGACGUCCGGCGCCCGCC